GGAAUAGCUGGUUGGCGUUUGAGGACUUCGUUCACUGUAUUAAGGUGUUUGCCGUUGGAGUUUGUUUGAAGUUAGAUUUCAACCAAUACGAAACUAAGGUUCAGUGAUGAUAGAAUUCAACAUCAAACCUAGCAGCAUACAUGUUUGCAAAGUACGACUAGAGUCUUGAAAUUUUGUAAACGCUUUCACAUGGUUGAAAAUCCAAACCGUACAGUAUUUCAAAGUUAUAGAAAGAGUUCACGGCUGUGACAACACACUUCUUUGACCAUAUUUUAGAUUCUAAUGGAAGUUUCAUCCCUCAUUAGCUCUUUGGAAAUUGGAAAACAGAUAACUGUGAAGCUAUCCAUCUUUGUUUGGUGUAUGGUUGCAACAUUUAGGUCAUUGAUGCACUUGUAAAGAAUAAGAUUGGCGAAACUAGAAAUACUGGACUAUUCGAUGGUUAGGGGGUAAUGGAAUCAGUAAAAUGCCUGAAAUAUGUUUGAGUCAAGCGCUGAUUUAAGAUAAUAAUUUAUCACUUGCAGGAUUUAUUAACUAUUAGAGGAAACUGAAAAGGUGGAAAGGAGAUGGCCGAGGAGUGUCGCAAUGUGAUAGGUGCCAUAAACCUUGUGAAGGGCCAGCAUUUAGGUAGACCGACCAUUAAUCAAUUGGACGAUGCUACAAAGCACCUAACGCAUGUAGCUGUAUUUCUCACGAAUCUGGAGAAGUGCUACCCUGGGAAUGGGAUAUCUGGACAACUUAGGUCCCUAUUUCUAGAAGCUCGUGAUGGCUUUUCUGAGAUGUGUUCUCGUUUUCCCCGUUUCAACCUUACCAAUAAAAUGGGGAACAUUGCUGAGAAAUUCAAAGCUUCAAAGGCAUCAAGAUCAACUAGCCAAAUGAUUUCCGAGGUGCUGACAAUAAUUGAACAUGAGACUAUUGCUAAGCGAAUCAGAGCUUCAAAGCCAUCAAGAUCAUCUAGUCGAAUCACUAUGGAGAUGGUGGGGUUUGUUGAAUCUUUGCUUGGUUCUGUUCAUCGCGCUCUGUUCUUUAUUAGUGUAGGGCCUGCAGCGUCUUUGCUUGACAAGAAGCUCCGACAUCUACGAGUCUUCUUCACAUUAAUUGCAAAGCGGUGCAUUGAGCAUGAGAGUAUGAAGGAUCUCUUCACCCAUGUUGAGGAUGUAGCUUACACUGCAGCAUACCUAUGUUUCUUGGGGUCGAACUGCAAUAUGGAUGGUGAGUUCUCUAAAUUGCUGGAAAGGGUAAGUCGUCCCUUUAGCCAAUUGAGGCAGAUUUAUCAGAGUGCCUUGAUAGGGUUAAAGUCAUCAAGCUCUGAGACUACUACAAUAUUGAAUGCCAAAUAUAUACUUGAUUUUGUUAGUGCUUUCCGGGAGGAUCUAAGACUUAGAUGUGAUGGUCGAAUUAGGUGGCCCCAAAGGGGACUUUCUUACCUUUCUCGAUUUUUCAGGGACAUAGAAUCUUAUCCCCUUCCAUGUGAAGAAGUGAUUUCUCUUCGAUUAAAUAUGGAAGCUCUGGCCAUUGGGGCAGCAAAUGCUAUCUACUCCUCCUAUGAUGAGGAAAUGCACAACACUACUGAAAUAGACGAUGUGCUUUUUCAUUUGCAACUGAAGUUUAAUUAUGUCAAGGUGGAAGUCGAUCUGAUUCAGCUACUAACCCGUCAAGUCGCCAUCACAAUAGGUCCUAUGAAAUCUCUGAUUGACUAUGUUUGGAGUGAGCUGAUAUUCUUUAGAAAUUAUUUCAUGAAUGGAUUAAAGCAGUGUAAAGAGAAGACUAAGAUAACUGUUAUUUUGACCUCUAUUCAAUCUGCGAUUAGCCAAGCAUGGUCAGUCUGUGAUUCUCUUUGUCAUGACUUGGAGCAAGAAAACUUUUUUUCUUAUGAUACGCAUCAAGAAGACUCUUUUUCUUAUGAUACGCAUCACGAAGACUCUUUUUCUAAUGAUACGGAGCAAGAAGACUUGGUCAGAGAAAUGAUUAAUUGCUUGCAUUUUCAGUUGCUUCUUAAAUUCAAGUUUAUUAAGGCAGCGAUUAGACAGAUGUAUCCCAGCAUUUCUGCAUCAUCAACAUUAGACCAUCCCACAAUAAGUCUGCUGAACUUUCUUCCUAUGAACUUUGAGGUCAUUGAUUCCUAUUUCAGCAUGCUAAAAUCCUCCAAUACAUCAUCUUCACAUAGGCCCAUGAUGGAUGAGUUUCAUGAAUAUAUUCUCGAAAAUCUGCUACUGAAGGAUGAAACCAAUUUGACGUUUACUAUUGCAGAUGAGGUCAAAAGGUUUUAUGGUGGGUUAUUGCUCCUGGUAACAUAUCUUAUUGAACCUCUAGUUCCUCAAAUUGAACGUAGGAAGCAAAAUAAUCUCUCGACGGGAUUUGGAACCAUCGCAAUUGAGGCGCAAUCUGCUAUGUGUUUAUCUUAUGAGGAUAUUAUGAAUAGCAACAACUGUAGGGAGGUCAAUCUUGUUCUUCAAUUUUUGACUGUGGCUUUCUGGCUUAUCAAAUCUGAGGGAAGCUUGAUGGAUAUACUAAAGUACAAAGCCACUUUGGAAUAUCAAGUUCUGGAUCUGAUUGAGGGUGCUCGUGAAGAGCUUAUUUUCAUUAGAUCUAUUCUCAUGGAUCUUCUCAGGCCAACAGAACUUAACAGAUUGGAUGAUAUCUUAAUGCAUGCUGAAGUGACUGUGAAAAGGUUAGCAAUACUCAGUGAUUCUUGUUAUGAAAUUUUCCAGGACGGAAGCAGCACUGACAUAAUGAGGCUUUGGUUAUCUGAUGCUCUACGAGAGAUUGAGUCUAUCAAGGUAGAGUUCAGAAAAGUAUGCUUGCAAGUUCUGGAUGUAUCACCUUUGACCAUGACAGAUGGAGAAGGCCUUAUUAAUUUCUUAUUAAACCACCAGGACAAGGUGCCGAACAAUGAUGCUGCUUCUUUUAACGAAAGUUUCAUGGAUGGAAGCAGCAGUGAGAAUAUGGAACUUUCAUCAUCUAAUUUUCUAGGGGAGAUUGAAUCUGUCAAGGUAGAGGAGGUAAAAAAUGCAUGCAAUCAAGUUGUGGAUGCAUCACCCUAUGAGAUGCAUAAGACAGAUGGAGAAGGCUUUAUCAAUCUUCUGUUAACCCAACAGGACAAGGUGCUGGACUAUGAUACUGGUUCAAUCUCUUUUCUGCAUAAUCAAAUCUCCGUAGUUAAAGACAAACUAUUGGACAUGGGAUCUUUACUUGUAGAUAUUGUACAGUACCGCAAUAUGCAUCUUGAACUCAAAGAUCUUGCUAAACGCGUUCAAGAUAAAAACUACAUUUGUUUCUUCUCCAUCAAGGGGUAUAUUCCUGCUUGGUAUUACACAUUAUAUCUCUCUGAUGUCAAGCAGUUGCUUAAGUUUGUUGAGGCAGAGGUAAAGACGGUUUGUCUGAAAGUUCCAGAUUCUUCAAGUUAUAGCUUCCCCAAGACAAAUGGACUAGGAUUUCUCAAUUGCUUUUUGGGCAAAUUGGAGGAGCUUUCAUGUUCUAAGCUUGAUUUGGCUGUUGACUUAAAUCAUCAGAUUGGAUCAGUCAAGGAGGGCUUACUGUAUCUAACAUCAUUGAUUGAUCAUUUUUCAGAACACUAUGAUGAGCAUGAUGAAGUUUAUGGUCUUAUAACAAGUGUUACUGUAAUGGCAUACAAGGCCGAGUAUGUCAUUGACUCGUGCUUGUCCUAUUCUUAUCCACUCUGGUACAAAGUUCUUUGGAUUUCUGAAGUUGUUGAGAAUAUUAAGAUUGUAAAUAAAGUUGUUGGGGAGACUUGUGAAAGAAAGAAGAUUGAAGUGACAGCGCAUGAAGUUGCAAAAACCUCCACUAAUCUUGCACCGUCAUUUUCGGAUAAUACUCGAAGAACAAACAAAGAAAUGGAGGGUUUCCAGGAUACAAUGGACGAAUUAAAGGAGCAGCUACUUGGAGGAUCACCUCAACUAGAUGUCAUCUCAAUCGUUGGCAUGCCAGGAUUGGGCAAGACUACAAUUGCAAAGAAGAUUUACAAUGAUCCAACAGUCACCUCUCACUUUGAUGCCCAUGCUCAAUGUCUUGUGACUCAAAUAUAUUCAUGGAGGGAGUUGUUGCUGACCAUCUUGAAUGAUGUUCUUGAGCCUGCUGAUCUCAAUGUAAAAGAAGAUGGUGAAUUAGCUGAUGAGCUACGCCGAUUUUUGUUGACUAAGAGAUUCUUGAUUCUCAUUGAUGAUGUGUGGGACAACAAAGUGUGGGACAAUUUACAUCUGUGCUUCAGAGAUGUUCGGAGUGGGAGUAGAAUUAUUCUAACAACCCGGUUGAGUGACAUUGCCAAUUAUGUUAAAUGUGAAAGUGAUCCCCAUCAUCUUCAUUUGUUCAGAGAUGAUGAGAGUUGGACAUUGUUACAGAAAGAGGUAUUUCAAGGGGAGACCUGUCCACCUGAACUUGCAGAUGUGGGAUCUCGGAUAGCAAGGCGUUGUAGAGGGUUGCCUCUCUCAGUGGUGUUAGUAGCUGGUGUUCUGAAACAGAAAAAGAAGAAACUAGAUUUGUGGAAAGUAGUAGAAGAAAGUCUAGGUUCCCAGAGCAUUGGCAGCUUAGAAGAGAGCAUGUCUAUAAUUGGAUUCAGUUACAAGAAUUUACCACACUAUCUUAAGCCUUGUUUUCUCUAUUUUGGAGGAUUUUUGCAGGGCAAGGAUAUUCAUGUCUCAAAAUUGACUCGGUUGUGGGAAGCCGAAGGGUUUGUACAAGCAAACAAGGAAAAAGGACAGGAAGAUGCCGCACAAGGUUUCUUGGAAGAUCUUAUUCGUAGAAAUCUAGUAAUGGGCAUGGAGAAGAGACCCAAUGCCAAGGUAAAAACGUGCCGCAUUCAUGAUUUGUUGCAUAAAUUCUGCGUGGAAAAGGCCAAACAAGAGAAUUUCCUUCUCCAGAUCAAUAGUGGAGAGGAUGUGUUCCAUGAACAGCUGAAGGAAUACCGAUUGUUCAUUCACUCUUACCAAGAUGAAAUUGAUUUGUGGCGGCCAUCUCGCUCAAAUAUCCGCUCUUUACUAUUCAAUGCAAUUGAUCUGGAUAACUUGUUAUGGCCGUGUGAUAUCUCCUUCAUCUUUGACAGUUUCAAACUUGUUAAAGUGUUGGAUUUAGAAUCUUUCAACAUUGGUGGUACUUUUCCCAGUGAAAUACAAUAUCUAAUUCAGAUGAGGUACUUCGCUGCUCAAACUGAUGCAAAUUCAAUUCCUUCAUCUAUAGCUAAGCUUAGGAAUCUUGAGACUUUUGUGGUUAGAGGAUUGGGAGGCGAGAUGAUUUUACCUUGUUCACUUCUAAAGAUGGUGAAAUUGAGGCAUAUACAUGUAAACCAUCGGGUUUCAUUUGGUUUGCAUGAGAACAUGGAUGAAUCCCUUUCUCACUCUCAAUUAGCUAAUUUGGAAACCUUUUCUACUCCACGGCUCUCUUAUGGUGAAGAUGCAGAGAAGAUUUUGAGGAAGAUGCCAAAACUGAGAAAGUUGAGUUGCAUAUUUUCGGGGACAUUUGGUUAUUCAAGGAAAGUGAUGGGUAGGUGCGUUCGUUUUCCCAGAUUAGAGUUUCUAAGCCACCUUGAGUCCCUCAAGCUGGUUUCCAACAGCUAUCCAGCUAAACUUCCUCACAAGUUCAAUUUCCCCUCGCAACUAAGGGAAUUGACAUUGUCCAAGUUUCGUUUACCUUGGAACCAAAUUUCGACCAUUGCAGAACUGCGCAACUUGGUGAUUCUUAAGUUAUCUCUCAGAGCUUUUGAAGGGGAUCACUGGGAAGUGAAAGAUUCAGACUUCCCUGAACUCAAAUAUUUAAAACUGGAUAACCUCAAAGUUGCACAAUGGUCUGUCUCUUAUGAUGCUUUUCCUAAGCUUGAACAUUUGGUUUUAACGAAAUGUAAGCAUCUUGAGAAAAUCCCUUCUCAUUUUGAUGAUGCUGUAUCUCUAAAAAGCAUUGAGGUAAACUGGUGCAACUGGUCUGUUGCCAAUUCAGCCCAAGAAAUUCAAACAACACAACGUGAAGAUAUGGCAAAUGAUUCAUUCACAGUUACCAUACAGCCUCCAGAUUGGGCUAAAAGAUCAUCUCCUUGACUCAUAUCUGGCUUUGGUUUUUGUCAGCUCAACUCUUGUGUUAACUGCAAGUAUGUUUAGGGGACAGUUAUAUCUUAUUCAGACCACAAGUGGCUGAAGGAGAAGCUUAAGUAGUUGAACACAUGCACUAGAAGUCGUAUUUAGAAUUACUGUGGUUCUAGAAAAGAGUUCUGCAGAAAUUUUAUGCUUUUUCAGAAAUCUUAAGUUUCUAGUUUGAAACAGCAGAAUGGGAGCAGAAAUUUUUGCUCUAUGAAACAGGGAUGGCAGCAUUUUCAAAAUGGGAGAGUUUGAUCCAAAUCUUAUGUUGUACGACUACCACACUAUCAAUGUAAAAAAAUGAGAUUCUAAGAGUGGUACAUGUCAGAUUUCUGUGGACACAAGAGGUUCCAAGAUUAAGACCAUCCAUGUCCAAGGCAUUGCAGAUGCUAGUAAAGAAAGUAGGAAGAGUUACCUGUACCAACUAAUCCUCCCUUUAUAAAUGAGAAAACGGCGGAGAAGGUGAUUCAGCUUCAAUUUUCCACGAUUUCUCACAGUUCUUCUAGACGAUGCUUCAGUGGCCUCAAACUGAGACGUAACAUAAAUCUGUGAUAGAGUGAAUCUGUGCAUCUCAAGUAUCUUCUUGCCUCUUGUUCCUCUUUGCACACUCUGGAAGCAGAUGUUUCGUUUGCAACAAGUUGCUUUUAUCAUUGUAAUAGUGAAGUGUUUGACAAAUCCUUGGGCAGUUUAUUGUUGUUACAUAAGUAGAUGGACAUUACCAGGAGAGAAAUCAGAGAGAGUAGACUGCACAAUUAGAAGAUAUACAGAGUGCUAUUUUUGAAGAAUGAAGGUGUUGAUUUUUGCUCAUUCUGAAUCAUCUCUGUAUAAUCUUCUUCUGUAAUUGUUGAUUCUGGUUUAUCCAUUAGUCAUUUCACUGAGCUUUUUCCUAUUUUGAUUCA